AGAAGGAGAGACAUCAGAGCUGCAGGAGAUUAUAAUGUUGAGCUGGAUAGGAUAGUUUACGUCUCUGGUCAAGUUAGCUGUGUAAGUUAACAUGUCUAAAAACAGGACGAAAAAGCUCAUCAUUGAAGAAGAUGAGCCAAAGCAAGAUGAGCUAAAUCCGUUUUCUUUCAAGGAGUUCAUCAGAAACAAAAACCAGCAGUCCUGCCCUACAGAAGCCAAAGAGGUCUGUGGUGGAGCAUGCCACGUCGAGCAGGACUAUAACACCUCCAUAGAUUAUGUCACGAAGGGGCCUUUCUUCACAGACCCCUCUGUGCUCGGUCAGCCUUCUGAAAAUGAACCUGAGGAGCCAUGGAUCGAAAGCUGCCACCCAUCAGCCCUUGAUGCUUCUCAUGACUUCGAACUAUGUGAUACUUUAGACCUCGGUGCUUACUCUGAGCAAUCAUCUCUGUGCAGUGAUGAGAGGGAAGCAAAUGUAACUGAAUGGGAGUUGGGUCAUUCUGACUUCCUGCCGCAGAACCACUUAGCUAGAAGAAGCACAGGAAGCUAUGAGGGUGAUGAAGAGACUUCAGUGAUUGACAUUUCCUUCCAUCCUAAGAGAAGUAAUGCUGAAAAUGGCGCAAAGAAUCCCCAACAGUUGAGAGAAGAGAAUUCUCUAUUAAGAAAACAAGUCAAAGAACUCCUUAGAAGGUCAGAAUCUGACUCCAAAAGGAUUAAACAAUUGACAGAUGAGUUGCAUAACAAGAAAUUACAAGAGGAGAGAGAGGCUAAGGCUUUGGAGACAAUGGUGCAAUCAGUAGAACAAAACCUUCAGUUAAUGACGAAGCGAGCAGUCAAAGCUGAAAAUAGUAUUUCAAAAUUGAAACAAGAGAUCCAUCAACUCCAGGGCCAGCUUGAAGGAUGUAAAAGUGAAAAUGAGAGACUAAGAUAUGGAGAAACUACAGCCUUAGCUACAAUGAGACACAAUGCACAAGUGGCUUCUGAGUACCUUAAUAAAGCAGCUCAAGAUGCAGAGACUUCUAUUAAGCAGCUGCUGUCAGGAAGAGACACUCUCUGUUUUGUUUCCCAGUUAUUGACAUCUAUUGACAAGAUCACUGAGAUUCAUGAUUAAUUUUUCUUCAAUCAUCAUGUUCUUGUACACUACAGACUUACUGCAUUUAGAGCGUGGCACAUCAUUGUUUAUUAUGUUCAUCCACUUUAUUAACAUCAUGUUUAGGUUUUAUGAAAUAACAAAA